UGCGUUUCGUUUCUUCCACUGGGAUCACUGCGUUAUACGAAAAACAUAAAUAACCUAUUUCAAGUGUUGCAAUUAGAUUAUUAUUAUGGAAGAAUAUAUUAUAUUCCAAAACAUCAUGUUUGAAUCUUCGAGUAGUUCCUCUUCUUCAGACAGUGAUGAUAAUGAAGAAUUGCAAAAUAUUUUAUUCGAUAAUAGAGGUAACAAUAGAGAUGAAAGGAGAAUAGUACCAAAAAUAACAAAUUAUUUGGAAAAUGUUGUUAUAAGAUAUACAAAUAUUGAAUUUAAAUCACAUUUUAGGAUGGAGCGUAACACUUUUUAUUUUUUAUUGCAUUUUAUUGGAUCCAAAUUAGAAUCUUUUCCAUUCAUGGGAAGAGAACAAAUCAAUACAACAAAACAGUUAUUAAUAGCUAUUUAUGUUUUGGCAACACCAGAUUCUUAUCGCUCCAUAUGUGAAAGAUUUGGUGUUGCCAGAUCAACUGCGUGGUUUAGCGUCAAAAGAGUUGUUCGAGCAUUGUACGGCCUUCGAAAUCUUUUCAUCAGAUGGCCUACCUAUGAAGAAGCUCAAACAAUAUGGACAAACAUACAGACAUUAUAUGGAUUUCCGAAAGUCCUAGGUAUCAUUGAUGGGACACAUAUAAAUAUUGCCCGGCCAAAAAGAGAUGCUAGUAGUUAUAUAAAUAGAAAAAGCAGAUUCUCCAUCCAAUUACAAGUAAUCUGUAAAGAUAAUUUGUCUUUCAUUCAUGUCUUUGCUGGAAUGCCAGGUUGUGUGCACGACAUGCGAGUGUUUCUUUAUUCUGGAGUGCAGCAAUAUUGUACUCCAGAAUUUUUCCCCGAAGACAGUCACUUAUUAGGUGAUGCAGCGUAUAGUAUACAAAAAAAUGUCAUGGUACCAUUCUACAAUAAUGGUCAUUUAAUUAGGAGACAGAAAGAAUUUAAUCGUUAUUUGUCAUCUGCCCGAAUAACCGUAGAAAGAGCAAUCGGAUUAUUGAAAGGACGAUGGCGUUAUUUAUUGGAUAAAUUACCAAUGACAAGGACGAGAUUUAGUUCCAUAUUAUGUAGUUAG